CUCAGAUGCCGGAGGAUCCAUUUGCUGUUAGCUAAGCUGCUGAAAGUUGUGUAACAAGGAAAACAAAAAGGACACCGCUCGCGGGAGGACUCGUUCAUUUGAGUUAAAUAGAGGGUCUCUCCUCACACACCAACCCUCCAACUCUUUAUUCUUUAUUAUAAUUCGGCAAAAAUGUUUUCACUGUCAACGUCGUUUCAACCACAGCAGAUGAUAGUGCCCCUCAGCCAGCUCAUCAAUGCCCUCCACUCUCUGAAGAACUCAGCCACAGCUUCAGUCCACACCCUGCACAAAGACUUCAUUCCAGAGCACAGUUCUUAUUUAAAAGAGCCUAGUGUGAGUCUGAGGGAUCUUGGCCUGUCAGACAUCAGGGUGAGUCAGCUGGACGAGCUGGUCAGCAGGUUACUGCCUAUACCAGGACCAGAACAACCUCCCACUGUCCCUUCAACAUGGAGGUCAAGUCACGUUUCUACAGACAGCUUCUUUCAUAACAAGCAUGGGUUUUCACACAAACGAGUGGGCGUGUUUGGCUCCCCAAUAUUCCACAGACAAUACCACAGUCCUCUAAAAGAAGCCUGUGCAGAGCUACAAUUCCUGCCUGUAUGGGUCCAGAGUCGAGGUUUCAAGACACUGCGAACAAAGACCAAGCGAAUGGAGUCUGCGUAUGAUGGUCCAGUGGAGUCUGAGGCCUACACACCAGCCUUCAUGAAGGGAUUGCUUCACAGGGAAAAGGGACCAGAAGCACAAUCACUGGAGCAGCUGAUGAAACAAAAGAACCUUCCAGAUAACCAGCAGGAAGCUUUCAAGACGGGUUUCACCGAGGGGUUCAUGAGGUCUCAGGCCUUCACUCAGAGAACACAAGACUCGCUGAGGAGAACCAGGUUGAUCCUGUUCGUCCUUCUCCUUCUCGGUAUUUAUGGCUUGUCAAGAACCCCGUUUCUCUCGGGUAAAGGCUCCUUUUCUGAUGCUGUGAGGUUCCGCACCACAUCUGGUCUUGACUCAGCAGUCGACCCCAUCCAGAUGAAGAAUGUGACAUUUGAGCAUGUCAAAGGAGUGGAGGAGGCAAAGAAUGAAUUGCAAGAUGUUGUCGAGUUUCUCAAGAACCCCCAAAAGUUUACCGUUCUGGGUGGAAAACUGCCUAAAGGGAUCCUCCUCGUUGGUCCACCAGGCACAGGAAAGACUCUGUUAGCACGGGCUGUAGCAGGGGAGGCUGACGUGCCUUUCUACUACGCCUCCGGAUCAGAGUUUGAUGAGAUGUUUGUGGGCGUUGGUGCAAGCCGAAUCAGGAACCUUUUCAAAGAGGCAAAAGCUAAUGCUCCCUGUGUCAUCUUCAUUGAUGAGUUGGACAGCGUUGGCGGGAAGAGGAUCGAGUCUCCUAUGCAUCCCUAUUCUAGACAAACCAUCAACCAGCUGCUGGCUGAAAUGGAUGGGUUUAAACCAAAUGAAGGCGUCAUUGUCAUUGGUGCUACAAACUUCGCAGAGGCUUUGGAUAACGCUCUGGUAAGGCCAGGAAGGUUUGACAUGCAGGUGACGGUCCCUCGCCCCGAUGUGAAAGGACGCACUGAAAUCCUCAACUGGUAUCUCUCCAAAAUCAAAGUGGACCCUGCUGUGGAAGCAGAGAUUAUCGCCCGGGGCACAGUGGGCUUCUCUGGGGCAGAGCUGGAGAACCUGGUCAACCAGGCUGCCCUGAAGGCAGCCGUGGACGAGAAAGAGAUGGUCUCAAUGGCAGAUCUGGAAUUUGCUAAGGACAAGAUCCUCAUGGGCCCUGAGAGGAGGAGUGUUGAAAUCGACAAGAAGAAUAAGACCAUCACAGCCUACCAUGAGUCCGGUCAUGCCAUUGUCGCCUAUUAUACCAAAGAUGCAAUGCCCAUCAAUAAGGCCACCAUCAUGCCCAGGGGCCCAACUCUUGGCCAUGUGUCCAUGCUCCCAGAGAAUGAUCGCUGGAGUGAGACAAGAGCUCAGCUGCUGGCUCAGAUGGAUGUCAGUAUGGGCGGUCGGGUAGCAGAGGAGCUCAUCUUUGGGGAUGACCACAUCACUACUGGAGCCUCCAGUGACUUCGAUGGAGCAACCAAAAUAGCAAAAAUGAUGGUGACCAGGUUCGGCAUGAGUGACAAGCUUGGUGUCAUGACCUACGGUGACGUGACCAAGCAGAGCCCAGAGACACAAGCUGCCAUCGAACAGGAAGUCAGAGCUUUACUGAAGGACUCUUAUGAACGUGCUAAAAACAUCCUGAAGACCUACAGUAAGGAGCACAAGAAGCUCGCAGACGCCCUGCUGACACAUGAAACUCUGGAUGCCAAAGAGAUCCAGAGGGUGCUGGAGGGCAAAUAACUGGACCAGCAGAUACCUCAGUAGUUAUUUUAGACUUGUAUCAUGUAUAUAUGAAGCUGUGCGAUUGUGCACAGGCCUUUUGGAGGCCUUGUAUUUCAUUUGUUCGUUAUCAAUGUGAAGAUGACAGUGAACUGAUUCAGUUUCACCCCGUAUAUACAUUUUUAUUUCAUUUUCAUUUGUCUUGCAUUUCCUCUAGAGAAGACUUGAUUUCACAGCAAUUUUUAAAGCACUCAGUUUAAUUGGAUGAAAAUAAAAUCUGAUCUCUACUACAGACAAAGAUGUUUGAAGUUUCAUGAAGGACUUUUUGUCCUCUAGUCUCAAGACAAAUUAAUUCUGUAGUAGUUUUAUACAUCAGUUAUAUUUGGUAUCAUAUCAAGGUUCUCAGGCAAAUUAAUUUGACUAAGCUCAUGAUUAAUUGAAGAUGAAAUGAAUGAUUUCAUGUAUGUGUAUGUCUCCUUUUAAAUUUGUACAGACUGAUGAACACCAUGGGACCUUAAAGUACCUCAAUCCAGAAUGUACCAUUUGGCUGUAGCAAGGUACCGGUGAUACUGCUGUUCAUACUAGAGUUUUUCCUCUAAAUGAUAUCUGUCAGUUGCAUCUAUUUUCUUUGUUCUUAUUUAUUUAAGUGCCCAAAGGUGUGUUUUUUUUCUGAAAUUAGAUAGGCCCUCAUGCCUCUGACUGUAGGCUCCUGUGUAGCUGAUAAGUGAGGGGAAAUGUAUAUAAUCUGUAAGUGUGUAAAAGGAUUGGCUUUGUGCUUCUGUUUGUUUCUUAAGACAAAUGAAUUCAUGGAGCUCAAAUAAAGGUUACCCUCACUCUUAAA